ACACGCCUAGGGACAGGGGGCGGAGUGCACGCGGGACGACGCGCCGAGAAGGUCACGGUGGCCCGGUGUUUUGCUGGGCGUAUUAGGACGUGCCAGGGCGGCCAAUGAGCCCUGGGAUGGUGGCCUGCGGACCCUCCCUGGGCGGUGCUCCUCUGCUCUGAGGUACCGCCCUUCCGGGCAAGGUACCCCGUUGGACCACCGAACCUAGGCCACGCCACUGCACAAGCAGUGGGUCUCCCCGAUUAAAAAGAGGGGGUGGUUUAGUGGGCUCCAGAGGAAUGAGGCGGGUGGACGCAAUUGAGCUAUGCUGUGAACAAGGUUAUAGGACUGGUGAUUGCAUCGGCGAAAGCAGGGCGUUCCCCUAUUCCCUCACCUGGGUCAGGUGUGCGCCCGUUGGGCGGGUCCUGUCGGGGAGGCGAGGCCGGCCAAGGAUAACGCCUUCCUCUUCCUGGGCUGGUGAGAGGAGCUCGGGCACCGGGCGGAGCGGCGGGCAUCAGUGAGUACGGGUCUGAGCGGCUGGGGCAAGUCGGUAUUGUGGCCACUCUGCAUCUUGCAAAGGGCACUGUGAAAGAGAAUGAAACAGUCAAGUCCCUGGGUCUGUCUGUGCGCAUCCACCAAGUUCAUACUCCACGGAUCGUUUGGCAAAUCCUCAGAACUCAAGAUUAGUUUCUACACUCUUGGUCAUGAAAGGUUUGGUUGACUGUUAAUCACAGACGUUUCAGUUCAUUACAGAAAAACUGCAUUUCCAGUUUUGAAGAUUGGUUUUCAUCUUGUUAUUUUUCUAAUAUCUGAUAUUUUACUAUCUUCUGGUUUCAAGUUGUUUUGAGAAGUGGCAUCCUGUGUACUUGUCACAGAUGGGAGAGUUGCACCUUUGAUACAGAGAUUUGUGUAGGGCUUUUGUGGGAACGGGGUCUCUGGGAAGGGAUAUUCUCCCGGUGGAGAAUGCUCUCAGUGCUGCGCCUCUGGAUAAAGUGCCUGUAUGUUCCUUUUUAGAGCUUUGAAUUGGCCAGUAACAAUAGGAAGCAGUUUUCUCUGCUGUCAAAAUGUGCGGUCUUCGCGUCAUUUCAAUAAAUGUUACCACUGCCCUGCUAAGGCAGAGCAGGGAACAAAGACUUGAGAAACCUUAUCCGUAGGAAUGCCCUGCCCUGGGGCAGAAGCCUUGCCCUGCUCUGUGUUUACCAAGUGAACAGGUUCUGUAUUCCUGCUGGCCCAGGUACUUCCUUCAGAUAUGAGGAAAUGUUUAGAUUCAUAAUGAGUUGGUAAACCUGCGCACAAAGUUUAGAGAAUAACAGGGCUGGGUUUAAGGUGCUGUUUUAUUCUACACUGUGGCCUGUUAUUGAAAUACCAUAGCAGCAUCUGGUUGUUUGCAAAUUGCUAUGCUGGAGGUUAAAAUAGAAUACGUGAUAACUUCCAUCCUGUUUACGGCAUCUUAAUUAAGGAGAAUCGACUAUUGGCUCACUAUGUUUAGUUUCUGUGAAAUUAGUAAAUACUGCUCUUCCACUUUUUUAAUUUUACAAAAGGUUUAAAAAAAAAACUCUGGUACAUUCAUUAUUUUUUUAUUUUUAUUCUCAGGAGAUUUCUCCCUAGUAUAAAUAUAAAUAUUUGGUGUUUCAAAAUAAAAGGUGAUAAUAAUCAAAGGUAUAAUUUGUGCAUUGUGAUUAUUAAGAGUCGCAGGUCCUUGUAAAUUCACUCAUUUGAAAAUGGUGUUGUGAAAUGACAGGAUUCGUUAAUAUUUAAAGUCUAAACACAUUAAAAUUAAAUUUUCCUGUUUCUUUAAUGACAGACAAGCAGGCAUCUAUGAUCCUAUCCUAAACCAACAUCUGAAUUUCUCUGGGAAGCAAGUACAAGGCAAAGAUUUUUCUGCCCUUGCUCCCAGCUCUUUGUCCCCAUCCAUAGCCAGGUGCCAGAUCGGGGGAAAGAAGUGGAGUUUGGAUAAUUUGGUUGUAAAACUUGUUUAAAGAGGUUAAUGGCCUGACCAGUAACAUAGAUUCUGACUUAACUGAUUUGACAGACUUGGGCUCCUUAAGACAAAGUGAGUAGUUAAAACUCAAGCCCCAGAAAGAUUACACUGAUCUAGACAGAUGGAAGAUGUCAACAUCAGUGCUUAAAGUUGUGCUUCUUGGGGAAGGCAGCAUUUCAGAGCCUCUUGAGAGGCUUAGCUCUUUUUUAAAUUUUUUUUUAACUAAGGUUUUAUCAACUGCUCUAAAUAUAAACCUAGUUGUGCUCUUAUUUCUUUGGUUUCUAAUGGGAUUUUUAUCAACUUAGCAAAUUAACCUUGUAAAUUAAAAUUUUAAGACCUGGAUUAAUACAGAAUGAAAAUGUAGAAAGCCAUUUCUAGAUGUACUUUUCCUAUAUGUAUUGUUUUUGUAUUUCUGUUGAUGUUUGUUUUUAUUUGUUUGUUGAAAGUUGGUUGUUGAUGACAUUAAUUUAUGAUCUAAUACUCUAACAGGAAAAGAGGAGGGACCCUUUGAUCUCCGGGCUUUGGUCUUGACCCUGGUUCUAGUUUAGAAGUAGUGGUCAGCUUUCUUACUCCAGUUCAAGUUUGUCCAAAAUGAGUUGUGAAUGACACUCUUUGGCCCCUAGCCUGGGUUAUUAACAAAUUGUCAAUAUGUAAAAUGAUUUCCAGAUCUUAAGUUCACUGAAGCUAUGAGGUUUACAAAGUAAAUUUUUUCUUCACAACUUUUAUAAACUCUUCUUAAUAUAUUAAUAGUAUGACAUUAUUUCAAAAUUUAGAAAUAUCCAUAUGUUUUAGUUGCUUCUGAAAAAAAAAAAGUUACUUUCUUGGCUUAAGAUUUCUUCAGAAAAAAAAAAAAAAACCUUAUAGCUUGCUUGACUUUGGAAUUCAGUGGUUUAAGGCUUUUAUGAGUAUUCAAAUCCUGAUUAUGAGGUGAAGUUGAGGAGAUAUUAUGGUCAUUCAGAAGAACCAUUGAAUAGGAUGUUAUCCCUGCUCGGUUGUCAUUAUAGCAAAACAGAGGAAAAGGGAGUGUAAGGAUUCAGUCAUUAUGAGAAAAGCCAACUGUAUCAAAUUUUAUAUCUAUUACAGACAAUUAUGAAGUAUAUCUUUUGUUAAUCCUCAAGUUCGACUUUCUAUUACACUAAGGUGAUUUAAUUAUGAGAAGAAGAUACUUAAUGAGGAGAAAAGCCCAGCCACCUUUUACCUAGGAACCCAAGAUCCCAUGUUUUCAUAAUUGGUGAGAGUUUGAGUGUUGAGUGUUAGCCAUCUGCAAGAUUUCACAACUUAAGAAAACAGAGAUGAGAUCAUCAAUAAAUGAGGACUGGAAGUUACUCUCCUUAGUAACAUUUGACUUUAAAUGCUUAACUGUGUGAGAGAAUGAAACUGAAAUACAUUCUGAAACUAGAUGUUUUUUCCCCCUCUGUAGUAUGUUUUUUUAAUCUUUCAGUGAAUAACCCUAUACCUUCUAAUCUGAAAUCAGAAGCAAAGAAGGCUGCCAAAAUAUUAAGAGAAUUUACAGAAAUAACUUCCAGAAAUGGACCUGAUAAGAUCAUUCCUGCCCAUGUGAUUGCAAAAGCAAAAGGACUUGCAGUUUUGUCUGUCAUUAAAGCUGGAUUUCUGGUGACAGCCAGGGGAGGCAGUGGGAUUGUCCUGGCACGUCUUCCAGAUGGAAAAUGGUCUGCACCUUCAGCCAUUGGGAUAGCUGGGCUUGGUGGAGGAUUUGAAAUAGGAAUUGAGGUGUCCGAUUUGGUGAUAAUUCUGAAUUAUGACAAAGCAGUAGAAGCCUUUGCAAAGGGUGGAAACCUGACACUUGGAGGGAAUUUUACUGUAGCAGUUGGGCCCCUUGGCAGGAACCUGGAAGGAAACGUAUCCCUGAGAAGCUCUGCAGCUGUCUUCACUUACUGCAAAUCCCGGGGCCUUUUUGCUGGCAUUUCCCUAGAAGGAAGCUGUUUGAUUGAAAGAAAAGAAACCAAUAAGAAAUUUUACUGUCAGGACAUUCGAGCAUAUGACAUUUUAUUUGGAGAUGUUCCACAGCCUGCUCAAGCAGAAGAUCUUUAUGAAAUCCUCAACUCCUUUACUGAAAAGUAUGAAAAUGAAGGACAACGCAUCAAUUUGAGAAAAGUAGCACGAGAGCAGAGGAAGGCUAAAGAAUUACCUCCAAAACCAUCAUCAAGACCACAGCAAUCCCGAGCACCUGUCCAACUGAAUUCUGGCUCCCAGAGUAAUGGAAAUGGAUAUAAGCUAUAUCCUGAACUUUCUAGCUAUCAUGAGAAAAAUGGAAGUUUGAAUCAGCCAAUAGAAGUGACAGCACUGUACUCUUUUGAAGGGCAACAACCAGGGGAUUUGAAUUUUCAAGCCGGAGACAGAAUCACAGUUAUAUCAAAGACUGACUCACAUUUUGAUUGGUGGGAAGGAAAACUUCGAGGUCAAACUGGCAUUUUUCCAGCCAACUAUGUAACUAUGAAUUAAAGUUCAUGCUAUUUUGUUAUUUGAUUCAAAACUAUCUCUACACAGACAGGAUUCAUUUAUUUACACAAACCUGUUUGACCACAUCUUUGCCCUGCAAAUGUUUUAUCCAGUUGUAAAAGAUUUUUCUCCAAAUAUAAAUAAAUGGUUAAAGUGA